AUGGCGGACUCGCUGUCGUCAGGUCUGGGAGAGGAGCAGGAGAAGGAGAAGGAGAAGGAGGACAGGGAGAGGGACGGGAAGGCUGCCAACACAGAGAAGAAGAACAAGGAGAAAGACGGAGUCACCGAGACGUUGGGGUUCAGCGAUAAAAACGGCGGCAGUAAGGGGAAGAAACGCAACCUGUCAGACUUGUCUCUGGUCCGAUUUAUAACGACUGAGCUGACCAGAGGCUACUUCCUGGAACACAAUGAGGCCAAAUACACAGAGCGCAGAGAGAGGGUCUACACCUGCCUCCGCAUCCCCAAGGAGCUUGAGAAGUUGAUGACAUUCGGCUUCUUCCUCUGUCUGGAUGCCUUCCUCUAUGUGUUCACCCUGCUGCCCCUCAGGGUGAUUCUGGCCCUUUUACGGCUUAUCACGUUGCCUUGCUGUGGCGUCAGUGGCUCCCGCCUGCUCCAGCCAGCCCAGGUGUGUGAUGUGCUGAAAGGCUUCAUUAUGGUGCUGUGUUACUCUAUGAUGAGCUACGUGGAUUACUCCAUGAUGUACCACCUCAUCAGGGGACAGUCUGUCAUCAAACUCUACAUCAUAUACAACAUGUUAGAGGUGGCAGACCGCCUGUUCUCAUCAUUUGGCCAGGACAUCCUGGACGCCCUGUACUGGACAGCCACAGAACCAAAGGAGAAGAAGAGAGCGCACAUAGGCGUGAUCCCUCACUUCCUCAUGGCUGUGCUCUACGUCUUUCUCCAUGCCAUCCUCAUCAUGGUUCAAGCCACCACUCUCAACGUAGCCUUCAACUCCCACAACAAGUCCCUGCUCACCAUCAUGAUGUCAAACAACUUUGUGGAGAUUAAAGGCAGCGUGUUCAAAAAGUUUGAAAAGAACAACCUUUUCCAGAUGUCAAACAGCGACAUAAAAGAGAGGUUCACCAACUACAUCCUCCUGCUCAUCGUCUGUCUGAGAAACAUGGAGCAGUUCUCAUGGAACCCUGACCACUUGUGGGUGCUGUUUCCUGAUGUAGUCAUGGUGAUUUUCUCAGAGGUUGCUGUGGAUGUCGUGAAGCACGCCUUCAUCACCAAAUUCAAUGACAUCAGUGCUGAUGUAUACGGAGAAUACAGAGCCAGCCUUGCCUUUGACCUUGUCAGCAGUCGACAGAAAAAUGCUUACACAGACUACAGUGACUCCGUAUCCAGAAGAAUGGGCUUCAUCCCCCUUCCUUUAGCUCUGCUGUUGAUCAGAGUCGUGACCAGCUCAGUGAAGAUUCAGGGUUCGCUCUCCUUUAUGUGUGUGCUGCUGUUUUACCUGGGGAUGAUCACUUUGAAGGUGCUCAACAGUAUCAUUCUGCUGGGGACAUCUUGUAUGUUUGUCAAAGAGGCCAACAUGGAGGAAAAGCUCUCCGACCCUCCACCCUCCGCCGUCUCCAGCCGUGCAAACUCCAGAGCUAACCGCACCAAACACGUUCACAUUUCACCGGAGCAAGAACCCACAACUGACAAAGGAGGAAUAUCACUGGCAGCAGACAUUUCUCCGCCCGCCAACACGGCAGAGAGCUCUGCCCCAACACUCCCCAAGAGCGACUCGGACAUUUUCCUAACGACGCCUGAUGAGGAGGACGAUGACAAAAUCAUCAACGCCGACACGGGACUGGAAGGGGAAAGAGUUGAACACAGAACGCCAAAGAAAGACUUGCUGGAAAUAGACCGCUUCACCAUCUGUGGCAACCGAAUAGACUGAAUGCCACAUAAAACAACCAGUCAGUGUGACCUGGCAAAAGGUUCAGGGAUCAGACGCGGGUCACUGAGCAUGCUCAGACCAGACGUAUUGUUGUGCACCUGACCCCUGGAGUAUUUAUUUAUUUAUUAUUGACGAAACCAGCCAAGGCAUAAAGCUGUUACUACGAGCAUCAGAUGAUUCCGUCUGGUCCAGUCGGUGCCUCGUGAACCAGGUAGACUCCAAGGACGAGUCUUGGUUGUCCCGGCAACCUGCAGACAUGCUUGCUGGUGACGACGAUUGGGAGAAAACUGGCGUGCACAUCUGGAGCAGAGCACGAAGAGAGAAACAAGAACUGCAUAUGUGUGGGUCAGCUGGACUUUGCGAGUACGUGUUCAAAAGCACAAUCGUAUAUAUGUACAGCGCAGAGUUGUUUUUAAAAAGAACAAAACUUGUCAAUUUUUUUUACAUUUUUUUUAUUUCAAAAGCCUGAAAAAUUUAAAUAUUUGAAAAGGAGUUUUUAUGAAUAAUCUCAGAUCUUUUUUCUAAAAUCGACCUGCAGGUAACGGCCGAAAUACAUGGGGCACGGACGUGGUGCGACACUUCUGUCGCAGCAUGCCUGCAGCAGAGCGCAGCCUUUAUAAUCAACUGAAGCUGCUACACUGAACACGGCAUCGCGCUGCUCAUCUCUAUUUUCACAAGGGCUGUCCUCAACCAAAAAAAAUCUUAGUCGACUAACACUCAUACGAUUUUGUCGACAGAUCUGUAAAACUGAGUUUCUCCACAAAGAAUCACACAAAAGCGCCACUUUAAAUCUUGUGUUUAC